UUCAACUAGGACCCCAGUUCCUGACCCGACUUUCUACCACAAUCAAGAUCGAGAAAAGGAAGUUUUCCAAUCAUUGACUCAAACCCAUUGGCGAAGUCCACUCAGCGGAAUAAGGGGGUAUUUAUGGCAGAACGGGCCAAUCUGGUAUUUCACAAUAAAGUGAUAGAUGGAACUGCCAUUAAACGGCUUAUUAGCAGAUUAAUAGAUCACUUCGGAAUGGCAUAUACAUCACACAUCCUGGAUCAAGUAAAAGCUCUGGGUUUCCAGCAAGCCACUGCUACAUCCAUUUCAUUAGGAAUUGAUGAUCUUUUAACGAUACCUUCUAAGGGAUGGCUAGUCCAAGAUGCUGAACAACAAAGUUUGAUUUUGGAAAAACACCAUCAUUUUGGGAAUGUACACGCGGUAGAAAAAUUACGCCAAUCAAUUGAGAUAUGGUAUGCUACAAGUGAAUAUUUGCGACAAGAAAUGAAUCCUAAUUUUAGGAUGACUGACCCGUUUAACCCAGUCCAUAUAAUGUCUUUUUCAGGAGCUAGAGGAAAUGCAUCUCAAGUGCACCAAUUAGUAGGUAUGAGAGGAUUAAUGUCGGAUCCCCAAGGACAAAUGAUCGAUUUACCCAUUCAAAGCAAUUUACGCGAAGGACUGUCUUUAACAGAAUAUAUCAUUUCUUGCUACGGAGCCGAAAGGGGUUGUGGAUACCGCCGUACGAACAUCAGAUGCUGGAUAUCUUACGCGCAGACUUGUUGAAGUAGUUCAACACAUUGUUGUACGUAGAACAGAUUGUGGCACCACCCGAGGGAUUUCUGUGAGUCCUCAAAAGAGGACGCUU